ACGCUAAAUGUAUUAAGGAAGAAGCAGCAACCCGAAACAUUUAAAUUUACACUGAACAUUAGUUGAAGAAUAAGCUGAUCGUGUUGUAUUUAAUAUAUAAUCUAUUCAUCCAGCUAAACUGUGGGAAAGAUGUUUGGCACAGUCAACAAUUAUUUGGCGGGCGUUUUGCGCUCCGCCGAGGAUUACGAUGGCGACAAUUUGGCCACAUUUUUGUCGCUGCGCGAUGUUCACGUCCAGAAUCACAAUUUGUACAUCGCACAACCGGAGAAGCUAGUGGAACGCAUACUGAAAACACCACUGGAUGAGGUCGUCAGUGCACAUCUAAAGGUGCUCUAUUAUUUGGCGCAAGAGCCACCCAGUUAUAUGGACGCCUACAACCACCAGGCGGCGAGCUGUUCUGCGGUGGUUAAAUUGCUACAGCAGCUCAAGGACGAGAACUGGUGCCUGCCACUCAUGUAUCGGGUGUGCCUUGAUCUACGCUAUCUGGCGCAGGCCUGCGAGAAACAUUGUCGCGGCUUCACGCCGGGCAACAUCCUCGAAAAGGCUGCGGAUUGUAUGAUGGCCUGUUUUCGGGUCUGUGCCGCCGAUGGACGUGCUUCCGAGGAAGAGACUAAACGCCUGGGCAUGAUGAAUCUAGUGAAUCAACUGUUCAAGGUCUAUUUUCGCAUCAAUAAACUCCACUUGUGUAAGCCCCUCAUCCGUGCCAUCGACAAUUGUGCGUUCAAGGAGAGUUUUCCACUGCCGGAGCAGAUCACGUACAAGUACUUUGUCGGACGACGAGCCAUGUUCGAUUCCAACUAUCAGAUGGCUGUGGAGGAUCUCUCAUAUGCUUUUACCCACUGCCCAAAUCGAUUUACGAGCAACAAACGACUGAUUCUCAUCUAUUUGGUACCCGUGAAAAUGUUGCUCGGCUAUUUGCCAUGCAAAUCUUUGCUGGAACGCUUCGAUCUGCUGCUCUUCCAUGAUUUAGCCCUGGCCCUUAAGGCCGGCAAUGUGAAUAAGUUCGAUGAGAUUGUCCGGGAACAGGAAUUGGUCCUGAUACGCAGUGGCAUUUAUUUGCUUGUCGAGAAACUAAAGUUUAUUGUGUAUCGAAAUCUUUUCAAGAAAGUCUUUGCUAUUAGGCAGACCCAUCAGCUGGACAUGGGUGAUUUCUUGACGGCGCUGCAGUUUGUGGGCGUGACGGAUGUCUCGCUGGAUGAGGCGCACUGCAUCAUCGCAAAUCUCAUUUACGAUGGUAAAAUCAAGGGCUACAUUUCACAUGCCCACAACAAAUUGGUUGUGUCCAAACAAAAUCCCUUCCCGCCAUUAAUUUCAACUUAGUUUAGUGAAAAAACAAAGACUUAUUUAAUAAAAACAAAAACUAAAGGUUUAA